CAGUUUCAGUUUCGCCGAGCCAGAAGAUCCCUCUGAGGCUGUCGUGGCAAGUGUUACCCACACACUCGACAUACACACACACACACACAUCUAGCCAAUCCCCCCGCAACCGCUGAGGCGAGCCGAGAGGAGUGAAAAUUCAUUGACGAUUGGGGGCGACAAAGCUCAGGCGAAAGAGAGAGAGAGAGCGUGAGACAGCGAGCGAGCGAGCGAGUGAGCAAGAGAAAGAGCGCAACCCUCGACAACAAAAACAACGAAGCAGAGUUCUGCUGCACCCAACGCACCACCACCCGCCACCACCGCCGCCAUCAGCACAUCUGCUGCUACUACCGUCACCUCACCCGCGAAACGACCCUCCCCGACCUCGACGCUCGACGCUCCCAAAGUGAAAGACGUUGGCCAAGUGCAUACCUAUUCACACGGGAACCAGAACCAGUCGCAGUCGCAGUCGCAGUUACAGCCACAGACACCGCAAACCGAGUUUUGUUAAUACAUCAGCGGCUGCAACAACACCGAAAACAACAACAAAACAAUAGAAAUAACCCAGAGACCGCGGUAGAGUUCUAAGUUUUAAGGGUCUCUGCGAUGGGCAAGAAAGACAAGAACAAGGAACUGGCGGACGCUGCACCAGCUGGCGAUGCACCACCUGCUGGACCUCCAGCAGGCGAGGGAGGCGAUGGCGAGAUUGUGGGCGGACCACACAAUCCGCAGCAGAUUGCGGCACAGAAGCGUCUCCAGCAGACGCAGGCGCAGGUCGAUGAGGUCGUCGACAUUAUGCGCACAAACGUCGAGAAGGUGCUGGAGCGCGAUAGCAAGCUGUCGGAGUUGGACGAUCGCGCCGAUGCCUUGCAGCAGGGCGCCUCGCAGUUCGAGCAGCAGGCGGGCAAGCUCAAGAGGAAAUUCUGGCUCCAGAACUUGAAGAUGAUGAUCAUAAUGGGCGUGAUUGGCCUGGUUGUCGUGGGAAUCAUUGCAAAUAAGCUGGGACUCAUAGGCGGAGAGCAGCCACCGCAGUACCCUCAGUAUCCACAGUACAUGCCGCCACCGCCGCCACAGCAGCAGCAGCCAGCCGCCGCCGGAGGACAGUCGGCGCUGGUCGAUGGAGGAGCCGGCACCGGAGCCGGGGCCGGGGCCUAUCCGGAGCAUGGCGGCGCAUAAGUAAUUCUGGACGGCAUUUACCUGUAAAGCCAAGCAAAGAACGUUUCUUGAUUACACACAAAAACAAACAAAAAUAUAAUCUGCAAAACCCAAGAACCGACAAAACAAAAACUCCCCCCCCAAGGGAAAACUCAGUUAUACUAGAAAAAUCUCGAGAAUUGCAAAGAAGUCAAUAAAAUAAUAUGUUUUCCCACUUAAAAGACGACGAACAUGACGGCUUUGAGUAAAUGCAGUCAUAAUAUUAACACUAAAUCUAAAUCUAAAGAACGCUCCGGACAAAAUGAAGUUGUUGCUAAUUUGUUUAUGGUUACAUUAUUUCAUGCAUAAAAAGGUAUAUAUAAAGAUAAAUAUAAAUAUAUAAAUAUAUAUGGGUACUUGAAUAUUUACGAGUAAAUCUAACAAAACAACUAGUAAACUAUGCUAUAUAACUACGACUAUAUUGUACUUAACAUGUAUGUAUGUAUCUCGGGGCUGGGCCGGUGCGAGGCCAGCGCGAGGACCGGGCCUGGUCGCUCCCGAUAAUAGCAACUCUUUGAACUCAGUUUCCUUAGC